UGGGUGACGUGUAAGUUCUUACAGUACCAGGAAGUGAGCAGGACAGUCAGCUAACAAGCUAUCAGAGACAGAAGCUGACAAGAGUUGUCGAAAAUUAAUCAGGGUAACUGUACGAUAACAAAACAAAGUUAUAUACUGUGAGAAGUAGUAGCGUACAGGAGCAGAGUCCUGUGGCAAAAGCACGACCAUGGUGCUGCUGCGAGAAUUGUACAUGCCACUUAUUGCCAUCACAGUACUGGGAUCUUUUUGCGACGCAAGAAUACAUCGACUUAUUCUAAAGAAUGAAACGCGGUCCAUCAUUCACCUCAACACCUUCGGUUUCUAUGCCAACGGCACUCUGGAGUUCAAGCUGAUUUCUCUCCGCCUGCCACCAGACCAGCAGGAGAAGGCUACCUCUACAUCUGUUGGCUUUAGCCUGACCAAAUCACGAGUGAAUGGCGUCCUCGCUUACAAUGGGGAAGAGACAGAGACGUGUGUGCUGCCGGACCAGAAGAGCGGCUCCACUGAGCCUCUCGUCCUCUUCAUCAUCCACACCAGCCCCCCGAGUGUGGAACUGAAGGUUUUUGGUGCGGAGCAGGACAGUGUUCUGACGGCCUUCAUCGAGAAUGAAGAGAAAAGACCUAAAGCCUCAGGAACCAGGAAGAAGAGGGAAGAACCUCAGAAGCCACAGGCAGCAAAACCAGAGGUGACCGGUGACACCACUGCCGGUCAGAAGAAAGACGCUGGGAAAGCACCGGAUGUAGCAGCGGAGAAGGAGAUCGAAAAGAAGCCUAGAGUCAUACAGCUGAAGGACUUGAGCAAGGCCACCAUCACCCUGUCCAAAAACGGAGACGAGUACAGCUUCGCCUUCAACAUGACGUUUGGUGCCUUGGCUGAGGGCCUGUACAACCUCAACUUCCACAACUGCCACAACCGCAACCCUGGGAGCUUCCACAGCUUCCAUCCCUACGCCCUCAGUGUAGAGAUCUUGGAGAGGAACCUUGGCGGUUUCCUGUCAGCUGCUGAGAUUCCUCUGCCCCGCCUCUACAUCGGCAUGGCUGCAGUGUUCUUCACAGCCGCAAUCAUCUGGGUCUACACACUCAUUAAGCACCGGUACAGCGUGUUUAAGAUCCACUGGCUUAUGGCAGCUCUGGCAUUCACAAAGGCCAUCUCUCUGGUGUUUCACAGUAUAAACUACCACUUCAUCAAUACGGAGGGUCAUCCCAUUGAAGCUUGGGCGGUCAUGUACUAUAUCACGCACCUGCUCAAGGGGGCGCUACUUUUCAUCACGCUGGCUCUGAUCGGCACUGGCUGGGCCUUCGUCAAAUACAUCCUCUCCGACAAGGAGAAGAAGAUCUUCAUGAUCGUCAUCCCACUGCAGGUGCUGGCGAAUGUGGCCUUCAUCAUCAUUGAGUCGACGGAGGAGGGAUCCAGUGAGUACGCCCUGUGGAAGGAGAUCCUCUUCCUGGUGGACCUCAUCUGCUGUGGAGCCAUCCUCUUCCCAGUAGUCUGGUCCAUCCGGCACCUACAGGAGGCUUCAACCACUGACGGCAAAGCUGCCAUGAACCUUGAGAAGUUGAAGCUCUUCAGGCAUUACUAUGUCAUGAUCGUGUGUUAUAUCUACUUCACGCGGAUCAUCGCCAUCCUGCUGAAGGUGACCGUUCCCUUCCAGUGGCAGUGGUGCUACGAGUUCCUGGUGGAGGUGUCCACUCUGAUCUUCUUCGUUCUGACCGGGUUCAAGUUCCGGCCCGCCUCCAACAACCCUUACCUACAGCUGCCGCAGGACGAGGAGGACAUGGAGAUGGAUGAAGUCUUGACAGAGUCUGGCGCUCUCGAGGGCAUCACUAAGGUAAAGAAGACGUCCAACGGUCGCGAGCGGCAGAGAGAAGCUGCCUUAUGAGACCCCGCCUACCGGCACCACCCAGAUUCCUGAUUCGCCCAUGCACACACAGGGGAGGAGUCUGGACUCUUAAACUCCUCCCCCCCCCCCCCCCAUUGUGACCAUUUCUGCUGACGGUCCACACCAUGGCUGCUGUCAUGGCACCCGCAGCGUCGCUAUGCAACACGACAAUAAAAGAAACGAAAA